AUGCCUGAUACCAGGAUCACGCUCCGAAAGAGAAGACCAUACGCGACGAAAUCGAAUAAGAUUCGGAAAGUGAAGACUCCAGGUGGGAUCCUCAGAGUGCACUACCUGAAGAAGCGAACCAAAGCACCGCGUUGCGGCGAUACCGGAACAAAGCUGAACGGAGUUCCCGUGCGGAGGCCGCGUGAACUUGCACGCCUCUCAAAACCGAAGAAAAGCGUAUCUCGCGCAUAUGGAGGAGUACUCUGCGGUAAUGCUGUGCGGGAUAGGAUUCAUCGAGCGUUUUUAAUCGAAGAGUCGAGAGCCGUGAAGCAAAGGCUUCGGCAACAGGAAGCGAUCGCCCGGCAAACCAAAACAGCGGCUGAACGGGAAGAAUCCCGGAAGAAAAAGUCGAAGAAGAGCGGAGCAAGUGCAAGCACUGUCAAAAAGGCAUAG